AUAUGAAAUCUUUGCAGUAGCUCAAAGGACCACAUAAAGACAACUAAACUGCCAAAAUAAUGUUCACAUCUUUCUAAGUGUAUUUAAAAUUAAUCGAUGGAAAUAAAUCUCUGGCAUCCUGAGUAAAUUGGUUUUAUGUAAAAGAUUGUGAGAACAUUGACCUUGAUGACUUGAUCAAGCUGAGUCGUCUUAUUUUCCAGGUACAACAUUGUGCUGCAAGGCAAUCAAUACAGUACCUUAAGUCACUUCAACCAUAAUGGAAAAGUAUGAAAAAUUAGCUAAGAUUGGAGAGGGGUCCUAUGGGGUUGUAUUCAAAUGCAGAAACAAAACCUCCGGACAAGUGGUAGCUAUUAAAAAAUUUGUGGAAUCUGAAGAUGAUCCUGUUGUUAAGAAAAUCGCACUAAGAGAAAUACGUAUGUUGAAGCAAUUAAAGCACCCAAACCUUGUGAACCUCAUUGAGGUGUUCAGGAGAAAGAGGAAAAUGCAUUUAGUUUUUGAAUACUGUGAUCACACACUUUUAAAUGAGCUGGAAAGAAACCCCAAAGGAGUUGCUGAUGGAAUGAUCAAAAGUAUAUUAUGGCAAACACUUCAAGCUCUUAAUUUCUGUCACAAACAUAACUGUAUUCACAGAGAUGUAAAACCUGAAAAUAUUCUAAUAACUAAGCAAGGAAUAAUCAAGAUCUGUGACUUUGGGUUUGCACGAAUUCUCAUUCCAGGAGAUGCCUACACUGAUUACGUCGCUACCAGAUGGUACCGAGCUCCUGAACUUCUUGUGGGAGACACGCAGUAUGGCUCUUCAGUAGACAUAUGGGCUACCGGUUGCGUUUUUGCAGAGCUUCUGACAGGCCAGCCACUGUGGCCCGGAAGAUCAGAUGUGGACCAGCUGUAUCUGAUCAUCAGAACACUGGGAAAACUAAUCCCAAGACAUCAAUCUAUCUUCAAAAGUAACCAGUUUUUCCAUGGCAUCAGUAUUCCUGAACCGGGAGACAUGGAAACUCUUGAAGAAAAGUUUUCAGAAGCUCAUCCCAUGUCUUUGAAUUUCAUGAAGGAGUGUCUGAAGAUGAAUCCUGAUGACAGAUUAACCUGUGCCCAACUCCUGGAGAGCCCCUACUUUGAUUCUUUUCGAGAGGACCAAAUUAAAAGAAAAGCACGCAAUGAAGGAAGGAACAGAAGACGUCAGCAGAAUCAACUGUUGCCUCUCAUACCAGGAAGCCACAUCUCCCCCACACCUGAUGGAAGAAAACAAGUCCUCCAGUUAAAAUUUGAUCAUCUUCCAAACAUUUAGGAAAAUGUUCUUUCAAGUGGAAAGCAAUUUAAUAUGUACACAUUUCCGUGCAAGAGAGAUAGGAAUUCUUAGUGUUUCAAAUGCAAAUGAGCCAUAUGAAAAUUAAGAUGCCUUCUAGAAUUGUUUUGCUCUGAUCAUUACUGAUUCCUCUGCCCGUGCUUUUUACAUGCCAACUUUAUCUUCUAGAACAUUUUCUUUAAAUGUUAUGGAGUCUGAAACUGCACAUAUGGAGGAGACAUUUUCAAUUUCAUCAGAGCAGCCCCUCCUGAGGCAAUUUAUGUUGAGAAUUUGUGGGCUUGUACUUUGAUUCUUGAAAGAGAUUUACAUAUAUCGUUUUGGUUUACCUGACCACAUAAUGUCUUAGAGCAUUAUCCAAAUAGCUUGCCUAGCUGUUGUUUGUGCAGGGAAUGAUAUCAUGUUUCUUUCUUUUUUUUUUUUCUUUCAAUUUCAAAAACUAACUUUAAUGAGGUAUGUUUUACAUAUAAUAAAUGUACUUAUUUUAAGUGCAGAACUUUUCCCUGGAUUUCAGCAAAUGUAUACACAUGCACGGCCUGACCAAAGGAAGAUAUAAAACAUGGUCAUCAAGCUUAAAAUGUUCUCCACAGCCUUUUGUAGUAAAUCUUCCCAAGAUCACUGGCCCCAGACAGCCAUGGAUCUGCUUUUUCUGUCACUAGUGAUUAGUUUUUCCUAUUUGGGGAUUUGAAAUCAAGGGAAUCAUAGAACCUAUAUUCUUUUGCACCUGACAACUUGUGCUCAGCAUGAUGCUUCUGAGAAAGGAAUGACAUUAUGUUUCUGCAUUUAAUCACUCUUGUUGUAACCAGGACUUUUGAGUAAUGCUAGAUUUUAUAUUGGUGCAGAAAGGGAGCCUGAAAUGUCGUGUAGUUUAUCCCUUGUUUCCAGGGCAGAUUCCAGAGCUACAAGGAAUUAUCAUGCUCAUCACAUAAUGCUGUCCUUUGGUACAUUAUGGUUUCUUACUCUUUUCUCCUGGCUCAGUCAUCUCAGUACCUAGACCUAUCCGGUGGGUGUGUUUCCUAAAUAGUUCACUGUCGAUACUUUUCCAAACAUUUGCAUCCAAAGCCUCUGUGAAUUUGUGCAGCCCUAAACUUGUGUAGCAUGCCAGAUCAGGUUUGUAAAUGCUUCCGACAGCAGAAAGAUUAUCUUUUCAGUUAACUUCAUUUUGUGUCUGCUACCAAAAAAGAGAAGCAAACAAGAUACCUCACUAGGCAAGCCCAAUUUACACUGGGAUAUUUUCCCAAGUGAACUGGACAGAUA